CUCUUCUCAUAGGCAUUUCUCAUUUCUGAAACUGGUCACACAUACGGCUGGGCUUUUUGAAUCUCUGCCUGGAUUCCCUCGUGUUAGGAAGUACCACACACAGACUGGUCACACAUACGGCUGGGCUUUUUGAAUCUCUGCCUGGAUUCCCUCGUGUUAGGAAGUACCACACACAGACUGGUCAACUCCAUCAAGAAAUAUGAAUGGCUCCCAGGUCUGCCUCUUGCUGUACUGUGUGGUACUCAUGGGAACAUCAGUACUUGCUAAUGACGGUAAAAUGAAAAAUGAAACUGAAAAGGGAGUUGGGGCUAACCCUAACGCAACCAUGGGACCUUCUGGAACUACACAUGUAACACAAUUUAACAGUUCAACACAUUUUCAGUCAGAAUCAACAACACCAGCUACCUUCAACACCAGAGAAACAUCUGGAACCAAUAGCCCAGUGAACACCAACAACACACCAUCCAGAGCCAACACCAAACCUAGUGCCAACCCUCCACUUAAUGCCCAAACCAGCCCCACGUUCAGCCCCUGCUGCAGCUCUGACUUUCUGUUGGAUAAGAAGGAGGCCACCAUCCUGCUGAUUGUGACAGGUGCCCUGGUGGUCCUGUGUGCCAUCCUGCUAGUCUCCACAGUGGCGCUGUCAUGCCAUGUGUGCUGCCUGAAGCGCCAGCCCCGCAUCAGCAGCCGCCCCACCCGCAGCAACAUAGACCUGGUGAGUGGUACUGGGUACUGGGGCACUGGCCAGAGGACCAAGGAGAGGCCUGACUCUGAGCCCGGUGAGACCAGCCUGAUGAUGGCAGAGCUCAGACAGAUCCAGGAGGGGGAGAACGGCAAGACAGACAAGGGGCAAGGGGAAAAUGAGACGGCGAAAGAUACACCCAAGAAGGAAGAAAAGAAGGAAGCCACGGAAAAUGGGGUGGCAGCAGCUGCAAAGCCUAGCCAGGGGAGCCCAGUCACUACCACCACCAAACAGCCUGCAGAGCCCUCUGACCCCACAGCCACAGCAGUCUCUCCCCAAUCACAAGCCUCUAGCGAUGUUGUUGUGCUGGUGGGGUGACCUCCUCCUCUGACCUUGGACCAGAAACAAGCUCAAACCACUGGUCAAACUGUCCUCAGCUGCAUGCUGAUGAUGGGAACAGCACAGUUUUAUACAACAGCUUCUAUUGGCAUGCUGUAAAGAGAUUUGCUUUUGCACUGAGUGUUUGCUUAGAGUGACUGUGUGGUUUUGUAUUUUAUGCUCACAUUCUCAUUCAAAACUUGAAAUAAUGAAAUAAUUACCAUUAUGACCAUGUCUAUACAAAUGAAUGUACCACAAGAAGUUGAAUAUCAUGUGAAUGUUUAAUAUUUGUAUGAAUUUGUAUGUGUAACAAAAAUAGUUAUAAGUUAAAAUGUAUAGCCAUCAUCAGUGUCACUGAUAAGAGGAAAUGACUCCUGCUUGGUCUAGUGGUUGUAUCACAGCUUGCUUGUUGUCACAAUUCAUCUGACAUUUCCCUCACUUCUCCAUUUUUAGACAUUCUAAAUUCUGCAAAAUUACAAAACAGAAACCAACCAGCACUAAACUGUAGUAUCAGCUUAAGUAGACAAUUUAAAUGAACUGUUGAAGCCACAAACCUCUUCCAGAAACACUCUCACAAUGUUUUCCUACAAGUCAACAUCACUUCCUUGGUCUUUUCGAUACAGUAAAGAAGAGUUCAAAUGUUUCUGCUCUAGCUUUAUCUGCCCUUCUGUUUCCAAGCCUUUGAAACAAUAAAGAAUUAGGACACUUCCUGAGUGUUUCUCUGA